AUGUAUGAUCCUUGCCGUGCACACCCUGUCCUAUCUGCUUGGUUGACUUCACUCAGUAACCUCAUACUUACAUUGACAGAUAAUGUCUUAUAUCUACAGGUUUAUAUGGCCCAGAAUCAGAGUGCCAAGUCAUCCUCCAGCCAAAUGGACAGCUCUACAACUGACCUGAAGAAGUCCAGCAGAGAGGGUGGUGGAGUUUUCAGUUCCUGCAUCAGGGGGGUGCGAUCUUUAUGGGCCACACGACAGACAGAAGAGACCAGAAGCAACCGGGAACUCUACGUGAAAACAACCCUGAGAGAACUCAUUGUCUACAUUGUUUUCCUUGCUGUACUGUGUGUCAUAACUUUUGGCAUGACGUCAACAACGAUGUAUUACUACACCAAGGUUAUGAGUGACUUGUUCUUGAACACAGCCGAUGACAAAGAUGUCACCUUUAAGGACAUCACCAGUGUGGAGGAUUUCUGGAGCUUUGCGAGAGGACCUCUCAUGGAUGGGCUGUACCAGGAGACACAUUACAACAAUGAGUCACUGUCACCAGAGGAAAUGGGGUAUAUUUACUACGAGAAUAAACUUCUAGGGGUUCCCAGGAUCCGUCAGCUCAAAGUCCGCAAAAACUCUUGUCAGGUGCAUGAAGAUUUUGCCAACUUCAUCACAGAAUGCUUUGAUUCCUAUGCUGAAAGCAUUGAGGAUAAGGAACCAUUUGGACCGUACCUGGAAGAAUAUAAUAAUACAGCGUGGCGCUACUUUUCUGAGAGCCAUCUUGGUGGCUCAUCACACUGGGGACUGCUGAACACUUACAGCGGGGCAGGAUAUUACAAGGACUUGAACAAUACGAAGACCGAGUCUUCAGCAAUUAUAGAUCACCUGUUUGAGAAACUGUGGGUUGAUCGGGGCACUCGGGCUGUUUUUAUAGACUUCUCUGUGUACAACGCCAACAUUAAUCUGUUCUGUGUUAUCAGGCUGUUGAUUGAGUUUCCUGCAACAGGUGGCGCCAUCCCCUCAUGGACCUUCCGCACAGUGAAACUGAUCCGCUAUGUGACGGUCGGAGACUAUUUCAUCUUGGCCUGUGAGAUCAUCUUCUGUCUGUUCAUCCUCUACUACAUCGUGGAGGAAGUGCUGGAGAUCAAGAAGCACAAACUGGAGUACUUUAAAGGCUUCUGGAAUGUUCUGGACAUCUGCAUGGUCAUCAUUUCUGUUGUUUGCGUGGGUUUUAACAUUUACAGAACUCUAGAGGUGAACGACAAGCUGACAGACCUGCUGAAGGAUCCGACUGUCUACUCGGACUUUGAGCGACUCAGCUACUGGGAGACCAGGUUCAGCAAUGCUGUGGCUAUCGCGGUAUUCGUGGCUUGGAUCAAGAUCUUUAAGUACAUCAGUUUCAACAAGACAAUGACCCAGCUGUCCUCCACGCUAGGACGUUGUGCCAAGGACCUGGCUGGCUUCUUUGUGAUGUUCAUCAUCAUCUUUCUGGCCUUUACACAGCUGGGCUACUUGCUGUUUGGAACCCAGGUCGAAGACUUCAGCAGCUUUGAGAAUUCUUUCUUCACCCUGUUUCGAAUCAUCCUUGGAGACUUUGACUUCCAUCAGCUGGAAGAAGCCAACCGCAUCCUGGGACCCAUCUUCUUCAUGCUGUUUGUGUUCUUUGUCUUCUUUGUGCUGAUCAACAUGUUCUUGGCCAUCAUCAACGACACCUACUCUGAGGUCAAGUCCGACAUGGCCAACGCCAAGAACGAGUUUGAAAUUGCCGACUACUUCAAGCGGGGUUAUAUGAAGAUGCUGGACAAACUGAACUUCAAGAGAGACAAGAUUGUGGACAUCCAGAAAGCUCUGCAGACUGCAGACAUCAACCAGGACAAGCAGCUGGACUUUGAUGAAUGGCGCCAAGAUCUGAAGUCCCGAGGGUAUGCUGACGGGGAGAUCGAAGCUGUGUUUGCCAAGUAUGACAUUGAUGGGGACCGAGUACUGGGAGAGGAGGAGCAGAAACGCAUGCAGGCAGACCUGGCUGAUCAGAAGGCUGCCCUUAACAAAGAGUACGAUGAUCUCGGAGGUAAAGCCGAUCGACCCAGCAGCCGAGUCAGCUACAAUGAUGGAGACAGUGGUGAUGACAGCGAUGAUGAAGACAGUGGAACGAAAUCCUCCCGGACUGGCCGCACCUCAAAUGGUGUUUCAUACGAGGAGUUCACGGUGUUGUCCCGGAGAGUGGACAGGAUGGAGCAUUCCAUCGGCAGUAUCGUCUCUAAGAUUGAUGCCGUCCUGGUAAAACUGGAGGCUAUGGAGAAGGCCAAGUUGAAACGCAGGGAAACAAUGGGAAAGAUCUUGGAUAGCAUUACAGAGUCUGAUGGAACCAGUGAUGAAAUGAAGCGUGAACAGAUGGAGAAGCUGGUGAGGGAAGAAGCUGGAACGUUGGGAUUCGGAAACUUCAGUUGGUGCCACCAGCGUCCGAGAAGCUUCACCCAGCGGAGGUAG